CACUUCUUUCGCAAUGACUUAGAUUCAUUGAGAGCCGUGCCAUGGCGCAUGAGACAGAGAAGCCAAGACGAGAAGAGUACAUUGAGACGGUGCUGCCAUGGCUACGCCAAUGUGGGGUGCGAGACCUACAAGCAAUGAAGCCUACUUUGGUACCAGAUUCUGUGAGUAAUGCACUUGAUGCUGUCAUCCGUCGAAGCCAGCGCCACACCUUCCAGGAGGCAAAAGCAUUGAAACACCGGGUGCAAAUUGAAGCCAUUGCUUCACAUUGUUUGUCCUGCAUAUCUCCUGAUUUAGUGAUUGAACUUGGUGCUGGGCAAGGGAUUUUAGGUCAGACGCUGAGCUCGGCGAGCAGUUGUCCACUGGUAGCUGUUGAUCGUCGAGGCAACACCGAUGCCUUUGAUACACACCAUGAUCUCACUGAAGCUGAAGUUGCUUGUAGCUUCCACCGGAUUCGAACGGAGAUUGCAAGCCUCAAUGAGGAUCAGCUGCCUGAGUUGCUUGGUGCCAAAAAGACGUUGCUGCUGGCGAAACAUCUCUGUGGGCAUGGCUCGGACGAAGCGAUUGACUUGGCGAUCAAGCUCGGAUCAAGCCUGGGCCUCCUGUGUUUGGCUCCUUGCUGCUACGUCACAAUGAGGUGGGAGCAUCUUUGUCCAGAUUCCCAGAAGUGGCUUCAAGAGGCCUCUUUUCCCGGGGAAGCUCAUGCAUUUGACCUUCUAGUUGACACCAUUCGUUUGGCACGAGGGGGACCCAAUGCGUGUACGAGGUGGCGUCUUCGGGAGUCGAAGACGGAGGAGGAGAUUCAAGAGCUUGGUCGAAAGGCUUGUCGCAUCAUCGACGAAGCUCGACUGUCUCGAUUGGAAUCCCAUGGAUUUAAGGUGGUUGCUGUGGAGUAUUGCCACCCAGACACGUCACCUGAUAAUGUCCUCCUACUUGCAGCACCUAUGACAUCAACCAGCUCUUUCCCCUUGCCAAGUGGACCAACCAAAGCGGAUCUGGGAGUAUCAUGUUUGCUGGAAUUGGAUCCGACGGCCAGUCCUAGCUUGACGACGCGCUUGGGGGCAUACUUGCUCACCAUGAAAGCUUGCGGUGACUUGCCGUUGAUAUCCGUGAUGACGGAGUCACCCAUCGACGGGACUGUACUAAAAAACUCGUUGUUCCUUACUGCAACUGAUCGUCCAAGACUUCAGCAGCUGGUGCAGAAGCUUUGCAAAGAUGUGCUGCUUCAGAGAGUUGUUACGCGGUUUCUGCCUCUGACUGACUGCAGCGGAUGUGAUAUGUGCAGCCUCGUCAAGGAGGUGACAGAGAUCUUGGAGGAGCUCUCCACAGAAAAGAGCACGGCGACUCUGAGAGUGGCUGCGAAGCCGCGGUCAUUGGAGAAGGUGAUUUGCGAGUCGUUCUCUCCCAAAUUCCUUUCUCCGACUCAUUUCACCCAUGUGCUGAGCGUCUUGGCCUCCAGUGACCAACUGACCUAUUCCAUUGUUCCACGUGAGACUCUGGAUCCUUCCGCCUGGUCAGAGGCAUGUCAAUCCCAAGAUCUUCGUGUCUUCCAACGAUUCGACGAGGUGCUGUGCCGUUGGCCACGGCGCUUUCAGCACCUCGUGGCCACGGCCCUUUGGACCGAUCUGGUGCGGCCGGGCGUGAAGGAGUGGCUGAGUGGCGUGAACGAGAGCAGACCUGUGGUAGUCAUCACCUGUGAGCAGGGCUCAGGAUGGUCACGAAGGACCAUGAGUCCUUCUGAUGUGAAGGUGGAUGCCGUGCGAGGUCUUUGGCAUGGCUUGACGGAUGGGCAGCAAGGUGCACGUGCAGACUUGCUCUUGGUGGAUCUGAGCACUACAGAGAAGGAGGCAGUGGUGGCUCUUCACGACUUCAUCCAAAUGUUGCUGGACGCACCUGAGCCCAUCCUGGCACCGCGCGGCACCGCCGUCUUGCGCCUCCGCUGCGGGCGGCGCCCGGGCGCGGUGAAGAAAUGGCUGCGAGACGUGGUGAAACACAUCGAAGACCUGGGCUUUGGCCGGGUCGAAGUGAUGCAUCUCUUGUCCGAUCGGGACAGUGAACGCACCGCGAUGUUCGAUUGGAGUCCAACUUCAGAGGUCCAAAGUGACAUGUCUUCACAUGGCUAUGCAAAAUGAGAGGUGAAUCUUGGGUGUGUCCGUUCUUACCUGGUUC